UAGCAUCUGGGAUCUAGGCGCGUUUGAAAUGACAAAUACUGCCAUCGAGAAACCUUCCUUUCUCUUCUUUGCCCCGCUGUGUGUGUGUGUCGUUGUGUGUAUGUGUGAUACCGUUUUACUCCCCCAAAACCUCAAGCAUGGAGGUGGAACACCCCUCCCACCCGAAUCAUUCCCUGGGGCCUCCUCCUCCCCUCUUGCCUCCUCUACUCGGGGGGGACGUCCCUCCACUGGCGGCUGUGGGACUGGAGGUUGGAGUGUAGAGGCAAGGCAAAGGGGGAACAGUGAAUGAAGAAACACUGUGGACAGAGGGGCGGUCGUGAAAGUUCUGCUCAGUUCAGUGUACCUGCCAGCAUAUGAAUUGAGUUGAGAAAAGAGCUGCAGUAGAGCUUUUGAGAGGCAGCAGUUCACAGGAGCAGUGGAUCUAAUUUGACAUUCACCUGCGCCGAUCUUCUGUGCAAGCUGAAGGAGACACACUGACACUUUUGACUUUUUUGCCAGCGUCCAAGCGUUGACCAAACAUCCGCAACGUGACGGUCUGACGAGCAGGUGCCGACAUGCUGGAGCAGGUUCUGUCAUUCAGCCGCUCCCUGGUGCGCAGGAAAGUGGUCGACAUGAGCAACCUGGAGGACUCAAAGCUGUGCCGCUGCCUGGGAACCGUCGACCUCAUCGCCCUGGGCGUUGGCAGCACUCUGGGCGCAGGGGUCUACGUCCUGGCCGGCGAGGUGGCCAAGGGAGACUCAGGGCCCAGCAUAGUCAUCUCCUUCUUAAUUGCUGCCCUGGCCUCCGUCAUGGCCGGCCUGUGUUACGCUGAGUUCGGCGCACGCGUCCCCAAGACCGGCUCUGCUUACCUCUACAGCUAUGUGACCGUUGGAGAGAUCUGGGCCUUCAUCACCGGUUGGAACCUCAUUCUCUCCUACGUGAUAGGUACCUCCUCAGUGGCCAGAGCUUGGAGUGGAACAUUUGAUGAAAUGAUAGGAGGACACAUUGAGGUGUUCUGUAAGACCUACUUCAGCAUGAACUCUCCUGGUCUGGCUCAGUACCCUGACUUCUUUGCCGUGUGCCUGAUACUGUUGCUUUCUGGACUCCUGUCGUUUGGCGUGAAGGAGUCGGCCUGGGUCAACAAAGUCUUCACUUCCGUCAAUGUGCUCGUUCUCCUGUUUGUCAUCAUCUCCGGCUUCGUCAAAGGAGACGCGCACAACUGGAAGAUAACUGAAGAAUCCCUUAUAAACGUAACCAUAAUUACAAGGAACUUGUCGGUGACGGCCAAUGUGAGCAGCGAUUACGGAGUCGGGGGCUUCAUGCCCUUCGGCUUCAGCGGCACCUUGGCUGGAGCAGCCACCUGCUUUUAUGCUUUUGUUGGAUUCGAUUGCAUCGCCACCACAGGCGAGGAGGUGAAGAACCCCCAGAGAGCCAUUCCCAUCGGCAUUGUGGUGUCACUGACGGUGUGUUUCCUGGCAUACUUUGGCGUGUCCGCUGCACUCACACUGAUGAUGCCCUACUACCUGCUGGACGAGAAGAGCCCUCUGCCCAUGGCAUUUGAAUACGUAGGUUGGAGCCCUGCCAAAUAUGUGGUCGCUGCAGGGUCACUGUGUGCCCUCUCCACAAGUCUGCUGGGCUCCAUUUUCCCCAUGCCUCGUGUAAUCUAUGCUAUGGCACAGGAUGGGGUGCUUUUCAAAGUCUUAGCCCGAAUCAAUCCUAAGACGAAGACCCCACUAAUUGCCACUAUGACCUCCGGUGUAGUAGCAGGUGAGAGCCAGGGAGAGUCCAUUGAGAUUACUCAUGCUAAUCUUUCUCCACCAAUCAAACGUGAAAGACACACAAAUACACAGAUAAUCAUUUGGCUCUUGUCUUCCGGAAACAUACCAACACUUCAAAAUUCCUGCUUAAAUCCAUUUUUUAGCAGGAUUCCCCUCCAUACACACACACACACACACACACACACACAUUGUUCUUUCACAGUUGUGCAGGUGUCUUGUUUUCUUUCCCAGAAUGCCAUCAACUUAACCAUGAACCCUCUUUUCCCUAGCCUGUUGGGCUCCAUGUUCCCUCUGCCGCGCAUUCUCUUUGCCAUGGCACGAGAUGGUAUUCUAUUCAAAUUUAUGUCCAAAGUGAGUAAGCGGCAGUCUCCCGUGGCUGCCACCAUGGCGGCAGGUACCACCGCGGCCAUCAUGGCUUUCCUGUUUGACCUCAAAGCGUUGGUGGACAUGAUGUCCAUCGGAACUCUGCUGGCCUACUCGCUUGUUGCCGUUUGUGUCCUGAUUCUCCGGUACCAGCCAGAUGGACCUCUAGAGAAGCGGGCCGGCGAGAGGGACUACCUGUCCUCUGAGGCGGGAGAGUCGGACCUGACGGAGUCCGAGUCCCACCUCAAUAUGCUGAAAGGCGGCAGCUCCAACCUCCAGGCCGUCCUGCACCCUCCAGACUCACCCUCCGAGCAUUCCUCUAGUGUUGUCAACAUGACCGUCUGUGUGCUCGUGCUGGUUGUGUGCGUGGUCAGCUACCUCACAACGUAUCACAUCUACUCCAUCCUGGGCAUGGAAGUGUGGAUCCUGGCGCUCCUGACCGGGUGCCUUCUCGUCUUUAGCGGCUGUGUGGCCAUGGUGUGCAGGCAGCCCCAGACCACCAAGAAGGUCUCCUUCAUGGUUCCCCUUCUGCCUUUUCUGCCCAUUCUGAGCAUAUUUGUAAAUAUUUACCUGAUGGUUCAGCUCAGUGGAGAUACCUGGAUACGUUUCUCUGUGUGGAUGGCCGUGGGUUUUGUGAUUUACUUUGGCUACGGCAUGUGGCAUAGUGAGGAGCGCCAGCGUAAACUACGCAGUCCCAACAACAGCUGCAGCACCCGGAAACACGUCAAGACCGGCGGGGAGAAGCGGGCCGGCGGGGACGCGUCGGGAAAAGACCGGGAGGGUUUCAUCUGCCCAGAAACGACCAGCCAGUGUUAAAGUGACAGGCUCUGUGAGGAGACAGAUGCAUGAAAGCACGCAGCAGCUCUGCCUCGUUGCACAUCAGAACUCUGGAUCACGAUGCAGGCGGCCAUGGACCUGCAUCGUGUUCUGCCCGGAGACAGAACUAAGAGGACAGGUAACACACUGGAGGGUGAUGUCCGUUUCCUUUAACACCGAAGCAGUCUGUGCGAGACUGCAGCCAAGCCUUUCUCUCUCAUUAUUUCUCUCUCAUCCUUUACACUUUAAGCAGGUUUGUACUAGAUGUUUUUUUAAAUGUGAACUUUUGGGAAUCUGUGUUGAUCUGUUUACUCCUUCAGUGUAUUAUUAGAUUUUAGCUACAACCAAUAUUGUACUACUUUUAAAAGUAAUAUUAGUUUGUGGUAGGACACAUUUUUCUAUCUUUAGGUCAAAGUUAUGCUGUCAAUCAAAAAGCUGUUUAAUACAUACACACAUUAACGUUCUGUCUUUGAAACCAUUCAGAUGCACAUGGGUCCUAUUUUCAUGUUAUUCGAUCUUGUGCUGGGUGGUGUUUAAACAAGAUAGAAAAACAGACUGAUGUCUGUGUGGCUUCACAACUGUGUUGAAGACACUUUUUGUGAAGAACUAGAUGAAGAUUCAAUGCUUUCAUACUUUUCUCUGGGCCUUGAGGGGGAAUCCUCUCAGGCUUCAGUCAACAGUAGGAACUUUACGAUGUUGUUGAGCAGGUUCACAGUAAUAAUUCUCGGCCUCAAUGACAACCACCAAUAUGAAGUCAUUUUUGAUUUUGAUUUUUUUGCAUUGGUGCAUGUGCAGGUGCUUUGCGACGUUUACAGGCAUUUGUUGUAGAUAAAACGUGGAAGCAAGUGUUUUUGUCUUUAAAAAGUUCGACCCAUCAACAUCGCACCAAAUAAAUGUACUGACAAACAAAAAGCAGAUGCACCUAAACGAGACACAAAAAAGACUCUAGACAGGAAGUUAAUUGCUUUUUAGUUUAGAUUUCUGUAACAAAGCUUUUUUUCCUUUUGUGUCACAUUUUUAGCUGACGUUUAAUUUAGUUGUAUCUUAAUUACUUCAAAUACUAAAAAUGACAACCAUAUUUUCAUUUUCGGCAACCAAAAUAGUUGAGGCCUGGUUACCAAUGGUAAUGGUUUUUAAAAGUGAAUGUUUGAAAUGAAUGUGGAACAAAUGCAGAAGCUCAUCUUAGCAGGAGUUUGUAGGUAUUCUACGAUACUGAACCUCUACAUCAGCAGUGUAGAGUCUUCCUGUGAGGUCACAGGGUACAAGUACCCUCAAUGUCAUGAUACACAUGUUACCAGCUGGACAAGUACAAUAAAUGUAUUUUCCAAUAAGA